AUGGCCCCCCCGUCCCCCCUCGCCGCCUCUCCUCCACCACCACCACCACCAAACGCAACCCUCACAUUCGCCCAAUUCCAAGCGCGCUCCCUCGCCUACCUCGCCCAUCGCGAUCGCGUCCUCCUCCCCACCGCCGCCGCCCCGACCUCACCGUCGUUGUCCUGGCUCACGUACGCAACACAAUGGACGUGGCUCGCGCCUUUACACCCAGGACCUGCGUUCGAGGGUACAACCGGGCUGGUGCGGUCGUUUGCGCUUGCUGCUCCGCCACCCGCGGAGCGGGCAGAAGGGGAUGAUGGGGAGGUGGUACUCGAUGAGGACGAGGUGGCCGAGGCGGUGGGGGAUGAGGCGGCGGUCGGAAGGACAGGAGCGCGGGUGGUGACGGUGCACCAGACCAUCGCGUGGUCCAAGAUCUGGCGGCUGCCCGUGUUGUUUUUCCAUGCGCAUACGGAGCGCGGUGAGCCGGUGCAGCUGGACCAGCUUGCGCAGCUAGGCGUGGUGCAUUCGCGCGGGACGCUGUGCGCAUCGCAACCACCACCAUCACCACCACCGUUGCACGCGGGCAGCGGUGCAGCACAGCAGCAGCAGGAGGUGGCGCAGGGGACAGCCGCACCGAUCUCGGUCGCCGACCACCCGAGGACCGGCCUGCCGAGCUACUAUCUGCACCCGUGCCAUACCGACGUGGCUCUGCGCGAGGUGUGGCGCCACCACCACAACUGCGAGCGCGAGGGAAACGAGGACGGCGGGUACGUCGCGGCAUUUGUCAGUCUGUGUGCGUCGGCGGUCGAGAUGCGUGCGUGCUGA